CGAGACUUGUGAGCGGCCAUCUUGCUACUGCCCUGACAGGUUCUCCGGUUGGGGUCACAGGGACUUUUGAGUCCGCUACCUGGACCUUCUCUGACCAUGCUAUCCCGGGUGGUUCUUUCUGCCGCCACCACAGUGGCGCCGUCUCUGAAGAACGCAGCCUUCCUAGGUCCAGGGGUAUUGCAGGCAACAAGGAUCUUUCACACAGGACAGCCAAGUCGUGCCCCUCUACCACCUCUUCCUGAAUAUGGAGGAAAAGUUCGUUUUGGACUGAUCCCUGAGGAAUUCUUCCAGUUCCUUUAUCCUAAAACUGGUGUAACAGGACCCUACAUGCUCGGAACUGGGCUUAUCUUGUAUUGUCUCUCCAAAGAAAUAUAUGUGAUUUCCGCAGAGACCUUCACUGGCAUAUCAGUAAUAGGAGUAUUUAUCUAUAUAACUAAAAAAUAUGGUGCCUCUAUUGGAGAAUUUGCUGAUAAACUCAAUGAGGAAAAAAUUGCCAAACUAGAAGCAACGAAGCAGGCUUCUAUCAAACAUAUCCAGGAUGCAAUUGAUUUGGAAAAGUCACAGCAGGCACUGGUUCAGAAGCGCCAUUACCUUUUUGAUGUCCAGAGGAAUAACAUUGCUAUGGCCUUGGAGGUUACUUACCGGGAACGGCUACAUAGAGUAUAUAAGGAGGUAAAGAAUCGCUUGGACUAUCACAUCUCUGUGCAGAAUAUGAUGCGUCGGAAGGAACAGGAGCACAUGAUAAACUGGGUGGAGAAGCACGUGGUGCAGAGCAUCUCUGCACAGCAGGAAAAGGAGACAAUUGCCAAGUGCAUUGCCGAUCUAAAGCUGCUCUCAAAGAAGGUUCAAGCACAGCCAGUUAUGUAAAUGUAUCUAUCCCAAUUGAGACAGCUAGAAGCAGUUGAUGACUAAAUGGAAACUAGUCUAUGUGACAAAAUCUUUCUGUAUUGCUGUCUACUGGAGUUAGUUUACCUGUCCUAAAAAUGAAGUUUCAGUUUCAUAUAGUAAGAGAAUGAGAUCUACUGGCCAGUCAGAUGUUCUGGACCUUCUUUCUCUGCUUUUUGAGGUGUUCCACAAUCACUUUUGAGUAAGCAGUUUUCUUUUAUUAAAACUUCCUACCUGACUAAA